AUGGAAAAUGGUACUCACUCCUUUUACUUCAACUUCAGCAUUUUUGUGAACAUUGGAUACUACCGUUACCCAGCCUUUGUUUUUUGCCUUUUAUUGUUUGGCUUUAUUGUCUCUGCUAAUCUUGUCAUAAUAGUGGUUAUAUCACGUGAGAGGACACUGCAUGAGCCCAUGUACGUUUUCAUUGCUUUCCUGUCUGUCAAUGCUCUGUUUGGCUCUGCAGGCUUUUUCCCCAGAUUCCUGAUGGACGUUCUGUCCGACACUCAUUUGAUCUCACAGCCAGCUUGUUUCACUCAGAUCUAUGUUAUUUACUCUUAUGCAUUCUGUGAAGUCACAAUUUUGGGCAUUAUGUCCUAUGAUAGAUAUAUUGCUGUAUGUCAGCCUUUGCAUUAUCACAACAAAAUGACCCCUAAAACGGUGUCAAAGCUGGCAGCUUUUGCAUGGAUCUGUCCAGCCUUUUAUCUUUCAGUAACCAUUUAUGUGACCAUAAAGAUUCCUCUGUGUGGGAAUAAGAUUGACAAAGUAUAUUGUGCCAGCUGGAAUGUUGUGAAACUGUCAUGUGUUAGCACUGCUCUCACUCAGAUUCUUGCCACAAUAGGAGCCAUAAUUGUUGCUUUCCUCCCUGUUUCUUGUAUCUUUUACUCUUACCUGAGAAUUGUGAUUGUUUGUUGGAAAAGUUCCUCUGAAUUCAAGGGGAAAGUGUUACAAAGCUGCCUACCGCACAUUAUUUCAAUGGUAAUUUACUGUGUCACGUCAUUUUCUGAUACUGUCUUGGACCGGUACAACCAUCAAGGGCUGAAUCGGUUUGUGGUUAUAAUAUUAUCACUGGAAUUUGUUGUGAUUCCUCCAGCUUUAAACCCUCUCCUGUAUGGCCUAAAGUUACCAGAAAUCAGAACACACAUUUUCAGGAUGCUAAGCUUAAAAAGAGUAAGUGGGAAAUGUUCAGUUACACACAUUGUAGUUGGAAAAAGCUAA